AUGAUCCGUUGGCUUGCGGUGUGGCUCACCUUGGCUGCCACGGUUUCCUACAAGGUGUCCGAGGCACCGAUAGAGAUAGUUAGCACCGACAACGAGACCAUAAAGGAGAAAGUGGAGAAGAUUGCCGCCGAGAACUUGAAGGAGGAGUUCAAUGAGAUCAAUGGCAUCCCGAACCCUGAGAAUGUCACAAGCAAUUCCAGCAAUGCCACCCAUGGUUUUGGCGAGCUUGGCAGGAACUUCGAGUUCAUGAUGCUCAAGCUGGCUCAGCUUGAGACGCUCUGCGAGUUGCAGCAGGUCGAGAUCGAGUCAUUGAAGAAGACCGUCAAAGGGCUUGCCGAACAUGUGGAUCACCAAGACAGCGUGGUGUCCUUGGUGCAGAAAGACGAAAGCGCCAGAGUACAGGAGGCCCAGCACACCCUGAAGAGGGUGCUCGCCAAGCAUGCUCGGCAGCACAAGACCAAGGAAUUCCAUCCGACGCUUGCCCGUCAAGGUCGUCACGAAACCAAGACUGAGGCGCGAGCUGAGGGAUCACGGCGCGCUGACUCGUCUGGGCCGUUGAAAGCCACGAGUCAGGCACAGGCUAUGCUUCUGAAGCGCGGGAAGACGACGAAAGCUGAUAUGGGGUCCUUGGACAGUUCACUCUCUGCCAAAGGCGUCCCAAUUGUUGACGAAGUAAAAGAUUUCGUGGAGGACCGCGUCGAGGACGUUAAAAGCGUCGCCGAGAGCACAGCGGAUGCCUACGAGCAAGCCGUCGACAAGGUGGCUUUCAUCGCCCAGACGACGAUUGAUACAGUGGAGAUGGCCGUGCAGAUCCUCCUGAAAGGCUUCACCGACUGGAGUGCAGGAUGUGAAGACCCCGUGUGGCCCAGUAUCGAGUUUUUCGAUUGGACGCUUAUCAACCUGGGUGCUGGGAUCUACGCACAGUUUGGCUACCAGAGUUGCUGGGUCAGACUCAUGGGCGAAAAGAUCACCCUCUUUGAGUUCAACUUCGGACACAAAGUGCUGAAAUGGCCUGAGCCUAUCUCAAAGAUGAUCAGGCUCGGCAAGGACAUUGCGGAUUGUGAAGGCGGAAAUGUGUUUAAAUGCCUCAGCAACAAGAUCGUGGAGGAAAUACCUCCGCUGGACGCCAUGGUCUCGCACUGCAGCGGCAGAAACCUGUUCGAGUGCUUUGGGAACAAAAUCGUGGGGAAAGUGCCGCCGCUGAACGCCAUGGUCUCUAUGGGUCGCGAUCUCGCGACUUGCUUCGGUGGCACGGAACCGAUCGAGCUGUUCAAGUGCAUGGGCACUAGGAUCGCCGAGAAUGUGCCCCCGUUGAAUCGCAUGGUCACCCUCGGCCGCGACCUCGUGAAUUGUGCCGAGGGUUCAGAGCCUCUCGACCUCAUCAAGUGUUUUGGCUUCAGGCUCCUCAAAGAAGUGCCCCCCUUGAACUUCUUGUCCCGCCUCGGCGACAUCUUCGCGGAGUUCAUCGACACUUUCGCCAAGGUGGCCACCACCGUCGUCAAGACCGCCAUGAAGCACGGCUUCUCGCUGGUGCAGACAGCCGCCACCUCCAAGUUCCCAGAAGCGGGCGCACCACCUGCUAUACACCACGCGGGCAAGAAUCUGGUCAUCAAGACGCAUUCGCAGCAUGCAAUGCCUGCAAGUCACCUCGAGGCAAGAGCUCGGAGGGCUUCGACACGGAUGUCCGUGCUGCAGCAGCAUGCCAACGCUUCGCUCGCUGCUGGUGGCGAUGAUGACGACGAGGCUUCGGCGGCUGUGAGGGGCGAGGCAGCGAUCUCUUUGCAGGUGGGGCCUUACGGCCCGGAGACCACAGAGCUGAUCACGCAGUUCGACGCCAAGGAGACAGACACCGGCUCGUGCCUGGCUUUCGCGCCAAGGACGAAGACCGGCCAAAACGGCCAGGCGACCGAAAAGGAUUGGCAGGUGGACAGCGACGACAAGUUCAUACAGUUGGAGCCUUGGGCUGUGCCUUGCGACAACAGCUGGAUGCAGAAGAAUUGGGACAAGUGGCAGGGGUACACGUUCUACACCGCGAGGUCCAACAUCGAGAAGUGUCUCACCGUGACAUUCUCCAUGGGUGUGCAGCCCGUGGUGGCCUUCGUUGGUGGGGUGCAGUUAGACUUGCUGCCCACGCCUUUGGUCCAGCUGGACACACAAAUCUGUUGGCCGAAGCAUCACCCCGGUGGAGUUGACAUCAGUGUCCUGCGCACGGAGAUCCGCACUGCCGGCAUCCUCCUCUUCAGUCGCACCAUGCGCUUGGCCAAACGCUUCGGCGACCACACGAGCUUCAGCGGCAGAAACCUCAACAAGGGUUUCGAAUCCUUCAGAAGCCAGUUUGGCUUGGAUUGGGCAAGAUCGACGUCGGAGAGCGGCUCCGGGAUUUACAAGAUGAAGCGGACGACACCGCAACUCCUGGAGACCAACAGCAGCCUCAAGCAGGACAAGGCUGACGUGGAGGCCGAGCUGCAGUGGGUCGACGCGGAGGACUUGUACAUGGCAUCGGUGGAGUAUGGAGAGCACAUGUCCGUCAACAAGACCUCCGAAUUGCGCGGGUCGGCUGCACACCGCAGAAUGAGCAUGAUGCAGUCGCAGUCCGGGCAGUCGCAGUCGGAACCCGAAAGCUACAAGCUGUUCGGAUUCAAGAAGCCUGGGAAAGUCAACUUCGAUUUCCAGGGCCUCCUCACUGGCAACACCCUUGAGCUGCAAGUGAAGAUGGGAUUUGGGCCUUUUGAGAGCCCGGCGCAGCGGAUUCCGCUCUUGAACAUCGUGGACCAGUUCUCUGCCCUCCUCCACGCGUUGCCCUUUGUCUCAAAGGGCAGUCGUGGGAAGGCCGAAGAGGCCUUGAGCGAUUUCUCCGAGAAGGACGUUGGCAAGGUGGAGAAGCACGCCUUUCCGGGGGGUAUCGUUCCGGGCACCAUGGUCGCCAUCUACAGCAGGGCCUGGCGACGAUUCAUCAAGCUGCGCGACAACGGGGUGGUGGAGAGCAGCCCAGUGGUGUCCAGCGCAGUCAUGCCAGAGGCAUGGGGGUGGGAACGCUUCACCGUGGUGGAUGCCGGCAAUGGCCAGAUCGCUUUGCACAGCUGCUACAACAACCGCUUCGUGCAAAUGGGUGCUCACGCUCCCAAGGGCAGCGGACAUCACAGCGCCCGCAUUCCAGACUCCAUGACAUAUGAAAAGUUCACCGUUGUGGAUGGCGGGAACGGCGAGGUGGCCUUGUACAGUGAAGCCUUCGAAAAGUUCUUGAGGAUGAACGGGGACAAGUUGGAUACGAGCCCAACAACAUCUUCCCAGUUGCAUCCUGGUUGGGCGUGGGAGCGCUUCCAGUUCGUAACCUUGCAGCCCUGGUUCGAGCCCGGCUCGACGAUCGCCUUGCACAACACCCACCACAACCGCUUCAUCCGGAUGCGCCCUAACGGAAACCUGGAUGGUAGCCCAGAGAGCAGCACCUAUCAACCUGGCUGGCGUUGGGAGCUCUUCAUCGUGGUAGAUGCAGGCUUCGGUGAGAUUGCACUCUACAGCCCCGACCACCUCCGCUACGUCGCCAUGCACAGUGGGGCCGCGGGCCCCACCAUGGGCAGCACCAAAGCCGUCUUCGGCUCCCAGCCGGGACCAGAGGAGCGUUUCGCCGUGCGGCGUGUGAGCGGGGAGUUCGGCCUCCACUGCAGCGUGCACAACAGGUUCAUCACCAUGGAGGGUACCACGAUACGACCCACCGCGGGCCAGUUCUCUUUCUCUCAUCUGAACGCCGUUCACACUUGGGAGCGCUUCCGCAUCGUCAAAGUCGAGGAUGCACCCACGCACGUCGAGACGAGCAAGCAGAGCUGGACCUACGACGCCUGA